GUGUGUCUCUAACCUUGCCAACAGACAAAGUGCUGUCAGUGGUUCACCAAUCAGGGCCUUGAUUGGCACAGUAAAAGGGGGACGUUUCUUUGGGAUCAUCAGGCUCAGUCCUGACAAUUGAUAAACAUAAAUGUUCUUGUAAUGUUCCCAUGAAACAUGUCUAGACAUUAAACAUCUUAUGUUCGGAGAACAUGGCAACCAUGUUAUGUGAGACAUUGAUGGAAUAUUCUCCUAACCCUCAGAACGGGACACAUGAAUGUUCUUGCAGCGUCCCAUGAAACAUGUCUAGAACAUUAAUAUUGUGUAAUCUUUUGUUGUGAUGCUAUUAAUAGAUACUGUGGGCAGUAGGCCUACUAUACAACAGCGAUAUUACUAAUUCGAUUUUCGAUUUUUGACCCAGAUUAGCUGGUAGAUUGUGGAGACUACUUUUCUGUCUCAUGAAUUCGUCAUGAAUAAGGUAGCUUUUGUAAAUAAAUAUAGAUAUUUCAUAGUCAGAGUAUGUUGAAGUAUGUUGAUCUUUCAACUUUCAAUAAAUAAUGCACAGUAUGGAUUUAUUUCAGUAACUCGAAUGUGACCGAUUCUUAUACAGUGGAAUUGUCUCUGUGUGUGCGUGUUAGCGAGUUUGCGUGCAUGUGUAUGUAGAGAGCAAGAGAGAGCAAGUUGUUGCAGUUGCACUUGGUUGCGCUGUCAGACGCGCUCAAACGGAAUUGUUUAUUGCGCAUAGCCAGUAAUUCGUUUUUUUCUGCGUCCGGGUGAAGACACUAUACCAGUCCAGUAGGCUAUUUGGGGAUGAGUGCAUUAUGCCUCGUCUCAUUGAUCCUCCGCGGAUAUAUUGAACUGUUGGGAAGACUACUUAUGCUAUUUGUUGUCUUUUAUUCUGAUUUAAAAUAUGCUGUACUUAUCAUCAGGGAGCAUCUCUCUUGAAACUUGUGAGGCAAUUCAGGCAAUAAUAUAAUGUUUCUAGUGGAAGAGCAGGCGUGUGUCAAAUGAAAGGAGUUACAUUAAUUAUUUGGACGGUUCCGUGGUGCUGAAAGGAUUGCUGCUAUUUCACUAACGCCAUGAGUUCCCUAGUUUGGGACAGGAGGCUGUCAUGUCUUCUUCUCCUGGCAUCUUUUCUUCUGCUGCUCAGCAAGGGGGAGAGGAUGUGCCCAGCAAGUUGUAGCUGUGAAGGGAAGAUUGUUUAUUGCGAGUCUGGCAUUUUUCAAGAUAUUCCAGAAAACUUCUCUACUGGAUGCCAGGGUCUGUCCCUGCGCUACAACCACCUAGUGACUCUGCUGCCUUACCAAUUCGCUCAUCUCAACCAGCUCAUCUGGCUCUACCUGGACCACAAUUCCAUCACUGCCAUAGAUAGCUUAGCCUUUCAGGGUGUGCGUAGGCUCAAAGAACUAAUUCUUAGCUCCAACAAGAUCACACUUCUACACAAUAAGACUUUCAAUGCUGUACCAAACCUGCGCAAUCUUGAUUUGUCCUACAACCAGCUACAGUCUCUGCAGCCAGGUCAUUUCUAUGGUCUGCGUAAGCUCCAAAACCUUCACCUACGGUCCAAUGGUCUCAACAGUAUACCUGUACGCACUUUUCUGGAGUGUCGCAGCCUGGAGUUCCUGGACCUGGGUUACAAUCACCUACGCACCCUCACCCGCACCACCUUCUUGGGGCUGUUCAAGUUGAAAGAGCUUCAUCUGGAGCAUAAUCAAUUUUCAAGGAUUAAUUUUUUUAUUUUCCCACGACUUACCAAUCUACAGGUCCUCUACUUGCAAUGGAACCGCAUACGGGCCGUGAAUCAGGGCCUGCCAUGGAUCUGGCAUACGCUGCAGAAAUUAGAUCUCUCAGGAAAUGACAUCCAGAUCCUGGACCCAGCUGUUUUCCAAUGUAUGCCAAAUUUACAAAUACUCCAUCUUGAAUCCAACAAGCUGAGUAACAUGUCUCAGGACGUGGUUUCAGCCUGGGUCUCCCUCACCACCAUCAGCCUGGUGGGUAACGCCUGGGACUGCAGCCCUACCAUCUGCCCCCUGGUGACCUGGCUGAAGAACUUCAGAGGCUCAAAGGACAUCAACAUUAUAUGCAGCAGCCCCAAGUCAGUUCAGGGAGACAGAGUAAUGGACAUAGUGAGGAACUACUCAAUCUGUGUGAACAUAUCAGUUGUAGAGCAAACCACAGCUAUGAUCAUGAGGCAAACCACAGCCUCAGUUGUGGACACCAAAAAGCCCACCACACCUCCCUCUUCCAUGACCACAAUAACCCAAGAUCUACCUGCAUCAACAGUACAAAGACUCACUCCACAACCUGUCUCUCCCAUUGUGACAGAAAAAUACACAAGGGAGUCCAUACUCAUGACCUCAAUCUCUCCAGAAUCCUCAUCAUUUUCCCCAGAACUAGAGUUUGAGCAUAUGGCCUUCCAUAAAAUAAUUGCAGGCAGUGUAGCCCUAUUUCUGUCUGUGUCAUUGAUCCUGCUGGUAAUUUAUGUCUCGUGGAGGCGCUACCCCAAUAGCAUGAGGCAGCUGCAGCAGCACUCAGUCAACCGUAAGCACAGAAAAAAAGCCCAGAAGCAGGAGCUUAACCUUAAGUCUCAGUUACAAGAAUAUUAUUUGACUUAUACAAACUCUCAGACCAUGGAUGCAUUGGUAAAUGAGACCGGGACCUGCACCUGCACAAUCUCAGGAUCCAGAGAAUGUGAGGUAUGAUCCGUCAACUACAUCCUAAAAACACACUGUACAGCUGCCUGGGAGUCAGAGGUAAAUGUUUUCCACAGGGAUGCACUGUAAACCUCUCUGAGUGAACGGAGACUGAGUUAAACUUCCAUCCGCUGUUUGACUCUGUUCUUACUGUUGUUUUAAAUUAACGUUAUCACAUUAGAACAAAUUGAUUGGAUAUAUUAAUCCUGUUUGUGAGUAUAAACCUAAUUGAUGUCUGCACAUUUGUGACUGCUAUCUGCUGUUGAUUACAAAUUACCCUGCUUUUCACUUUUGUUAUCCUUGGGUGAUAUUGAGAUCUUAGUGUACUUGUAUCCAAGCAACUGAUACAUGUUAUGUGUAGUCUUUUUUUAUAUUUAGCUCUUGUUCAUUUUAUGGAAUUAUAUGAUCACCGUGCAAUUUAAUUGUCAUUAAACUUGUGAAUGGUAGUUACUAAAUAAUGGGUGUCAGAAACAUAAUUAGAAGAUUAUGUUCCUGUUUUUGAUCUUCAUACUUGAUGCAUGCAAUAUACCAAAAAGGCCAACAGCAUUAGUAGGCUUUCUAUUGGGGCCAUUUUAUGACACAAUUACAUUUCUAUGAAAACUGCAAUAAAUGUAAAAAAUCUACAUGAUUAUCCUGUCUUAUCCAACACCCGGGACAAAUGUUUUAUGGCUGUGUGGGGUAUACCAUCCCACUAAGGCUAUGGAAAAUGCAGCCAUGGUGAUUUUGGUCACAUAGCAUAUAGGCUUCACGGGGGACAUUUCUAUCUAGGCUCUACUAGGGAAACUUACAUUUCCAUUUAGAUUUUAUUUACACUUCACAUUACAGAUUUUUGUCCUCCUUUUAGUUGCUUAUUGUUUCCAGAGCACUAUAGCAUAGUCUACUCUAUGUGUCUCUGAAUCUUACUCUGCUGAAUUUUAAGAGGCUUUCGAAUGUAUGGGUUCCCUCCUGGCUUUGAAAAGUAUGGGUUCCUUUGUUUGCUUCAAUGUGCAGAAUCACUUAAUUGCAUUCACUUGAUCACCAUUAUGUUUUAACAGGUCUUAUGUUUAAGGGAAUAUUUAAGAACGUCAACAUUAUUUCCCCAGAGGCACACUUGUUCUCAAGGAUAGAUGUUAUUUAUUGAAAAUAAUAACUUAUAUCAUACAAGGAGGUGAUGUUUGGCUAAAAUAAUCCUUAUGAGGAGAACGCAUACUUCCAUUGAGGCAGCUUGAUAUUGUCUAAAAAUGGGACAGCACUCUUUCAAAGGAGUACAGGCCAAAUCAAUCAUAGCUGUGGAAGCAGUUUCAUCAAUUGACUGGCUCAUUUAUGAUUUUUAAACCAAUGCACUCAAUUGAUGUUGUACAGGAAAUGGCUGUUUAUUAAUAGUAUGUUUUUGAAUCAGCUCAA